AUGACAGGAGGAGGAAACCAGAUGGAGCAAAAGCAAAACAACAUGUCGAGGCCAGACCUUUCUCAAGAUAUCAUAGAGGAGAUACUCGCACGAUUGCCAGUCAAGUCUUUGCUGAGAUUCAAGUGCGUUUCCAGGUCAUGGUACUCUUUGAUCUCCAGUCCUUCAUUCGCCAGAAUGCAGUUGGAACGAGCAUCGGGAACGAGUGUUCUUAUUACAUCGACCCCUUCUCGCCUCAACUUGGUAGAUUACGAAGCAUCUUUUUGCGAAGUACCCCUUGAUUUUCCACCAAAAAGACAGGACCAUCGAGUCAGGAUCAUGGGAUCAUGCCAUGGAUUGGUAGCCGUAGCUCUUGAGAAGGACAAGGUCUUUUUGUGGAACCCAUCGACUGGGGACUACAAGAAGUUGCCAGAUCCUUGUUUUCCAUCAAGUGGCGCUCUUUAUUGUCAUGGUUUUGGUUAUGACUCAUCUACUGAUGAUUACAAAGUGCUUUUGGGUGUUCAGACAUGGCGUCCAAUCUCAUAUGAUUUUUACUCAGAGGUGACAGUUUCCAUCUUUUCACUGAGAAAUAAUUCAUGGAGAAUGAUUCAAUCACCCUCUGUCGACUUCUCGUCUCUCCUUUUCCUAAAUCUUUCAGGGUUUUUUGUCAAUGGAGCUCUCCAUUGGCUGACAGCCAAAAGAGUGACAGUAGAAAUCCAAGCUUUCGAUUUAAAGAUGGAGAGAUUUAGCAUAGUUCCAAUUCCUGAUCAGCCACAAACUUCCUUCAAUUAUUUGAAAAUCGGGGUUCUUGAUGGAAGACUUUGCUGA